AUGGAUCAAUUCCACAUCGGCUCAUGGCAGGACUAUUCCCAGCCGGCUGGUGAUCGGGGGAGAUUUACCAUGAGCAAGAACAAUGGUAAUGUCUUCCUCUCAUUUUUGACUGUCAUGGUGACAGUUGCGGGUGCCAGCGCCUGGACCAUCGUCUCUAUCAUCAUCCACAGCUGGAUUGUACGAGCCCGCCAGAAUAACGACGUAUUCGACGUUCAACAACAGAUCCUUCUCCGAAACGCAAAGACCCCGCUCGCCACCGUCGCCGAAUUCUUCAAACUCUGGCGCGCCUGGAGGAAGAAGAAGGUCCCCAAUGUCGCACUCCGCACACUCUGGGUUCUUAUCCCUACUCUGUUGCUCUACGGCGGCAUUCUGGUAGCAUCCAUUUUCGCCUCCAAGGUCGCCAUCAACAAAGAUGGCGGUGGCAUCGCCCUCGCACGAGAUCAGGGCUGCGGAAUCCUCCCCCUCUCCGGCACCUACCCCGACAUCGAACAAGAUAUGAUACGCAAGAAUAAGAUUGUCAACGACACCAUCGAUGGACGAAACUAUGCUAUUAAUUUCUACGACGUGGAUAGCACCACCAGGUCCAAGAGUGUCAGGUCAACAUUCAUCACAGAUGCUCUGCCAUACAGUGCCAACUUCAAUGCUUCUUGCCCAUUUCAGAACCAGACCCUCUGUCUCACAGGAGCAACUAUCAGCUUUGAGUCUGGCGAGCUCAAUUCUCACUCCGAGUUCGGAAUCAACGCCAAAGAGCACGACCGAAUUUCGACACGAGCGAAGACGACUUGCACCAUGGUCAACCUGAACGGCUAUUGGAACGCUAGUAAUAAUCAGGUUUACAUUUGGAUGGGCCAGUCAGGGACGGGAAACUGGGGCUACACCUAUCGAUAUAACCUUGCCCUAACUAACUUUUCUAUCGGGUAUCAAAUAGUAGACUUCACGGACAGCUCCUUUUAUAGCAACGACUCGGUACUGUGGAAUCGUUACGACGAAUUUGCAGUUGAGGAUGGCGAUCUCACCCUCCUCCUGAACUCCCAGAACUGGAUGAGAUACAGUGCCCCGGUGAACGACCCGUUCUUCCUGGCUAAUAUCAGGGACCCGAGUGCCUCAAGCAAGUACCCUUAUAAGCCAAACUACUCGAUGGUUCCUAUGGUUUGCGUUGACUCAUACAUGAUAUGCAACCCCGACAAGGAAAAAUGUUCCCCUUGGGCUCGUUAUGAGGACUUCUACACUACCGUGUUCAACGAUACCAACAAUGAUAUGGGCUUCAACGAUGCGCAACUUGCCACCGCAGCACGAAUGGCCAUCCAUAUGCAGCAGACGAAUAUCAAUACGAUCGUCAGCAACUUAGGCUCUGCCUCGCUUUUUGCCAGCGACCAUGUCUACCGCAACCACGAGUCGACGGGAUUGCCAGAUAACCAGUGGCACAUCGAGGCUACGACAUGGUUUCAGACAAAACUGGCCAAGUUCCAGGCCAGCGUAGCCGAAUAUGUCAGCAAGCCAGACGACGCAGUUGGCCUGCCGGUACUCAAGCCCAACGACCCCAACACCAAGAACGAGUAUGAAGUUAGCGACGAGAUCCUCAAGAAGCUUCAGGAUCAGUGCAACAGCCAGCUUAUCAUGGGUACGGCCGAUAUCGAGAGCUUCAGUCUGGCGGGCACGCUCGUAAUCGUCAUCAUUACAGUCUUCCUCGCCAUCGUCAGCAUCUACAUCACUGAAAUCAUGGACUUCUUCGGCCGCUUCGUGCCUGGUUCCAAGGGGCAUCUUGCCCGCGUGUCAGAUGAGAAGCUUCACGUUCUUAAGCAUGCUCUUUCGGUGCAGGAUGGUCCUCAGAAAUGGGAUAUUAGGGCAGGCGUGCCUGUGACGGAGGACAGCCACGGUGGUCAGUGGCCGAAGACGGAUGUUCAAACGACACAUGUUCAAAUGACGGAUGUUCAAACGACGUAUCCGAGUGCAGAAGAAAGGCUCAUGUCUAAGCAAUAUCCCGAGUUUAGGUAG